AUGGCUUCUGAUCUCGACCAGCUCAUUGAGAUGGGCUUCGACAAGGAAAGAGCACAACUAGCAGUUUCAAAGACAGGUGGCCGUAAGCUAUUCUUUGACCAGCUUUCUCCUCCGUCUUUCGCUCUAACGACCAGUACAGUGCAGGGGGCGCUAGAAUGGCUCGAGGAAAAUCAAGAUAAAUCGCUGGAGGAAAUUCAGGCAGCACAAUUACAACAGGGAGAGGAUGAAGAUCCACCGGCUUUGAAGCCCGGCGAGGAGGCUCGCAGCUUGGUCUGCAACGACUGUGGGAAGAAGUUCCGAAGCCAGGCGCAGGCCGAGUUCCACGCUUCCAAAUCGCAGCACGUGGACUUCUCAGAGUCCACCGAGGAAAUCGCACCCUUGAAUGAAGAGCAGAAGAAGGAGCGACUAGCAGAGCUUAGAGAGAGACUGGCAGCAAAGCGAGCAGUGCAGUCCGAGCAGGACAAGGUCGACCAGAAGCGAAACGAGGAAAUUCGUCGCAAGAGCACCAAGGAGAGCCAGGACGCAAAGGAGGAGCUACAGCGGAAGCAAAUGUUGAAAGAGGCAGCCCAGAAGAAGAAAGAGAAGCAAGAUGAAAUCGACGCACGCAAGCGCAUCAAGGCUAAGAUUGAAGCAGAUAAGGAGGAGCGACGUCGAAAGGCAGAGCGUGAACGAGCUGACCGCGCUGGAGUGGCCGCUCCGCCCGAGCCCACGCCAGCAGCAGCGCCGACCACUUCUGGACCCGUAGCGUCUAAGCCUGCGUCUGCUUAUACCGAGACGCGUUUGCGUUUCCAGACUCCCAAAGGCAACAUUAUGAAGACGCUUCCUGUCACUACGACCUUGUUUGAAGUGGCCGCGACUCUGAAGCAAGAGGAUGGCGUCGAAGUACAGAGCUUCAUCCAAAACUUCCCAAGAAAGGUGUUUGAUGCCGAGUCAUUCGGGGAGACUUUGAAGGAACUGGGCCUCGUACCUAGUGCGAGCCUUGGUAUUAACUAA